GGCUCUUCUAGUUCCACGUUCAGUUCAGUGGUGUGUGUCCUUGGCUGAGCAGGCGAAUACCAUUGGCAAUAGGCUGUUGGGGUUCUAGUCUUAUUGCUGUACCCCUCGCAAUCCCUCAAAUUUCAUUUGAUGGUCAUAAUGUUAGCGGCCCGGUUUCUUCUCCGUCGUUCACUCCCUGCUAUGCGCCAGGCCCGCUAUUAUGCCGACGCACCCUCUGCUUCUCCCCAGAUGUCCUUCACGUUUGCGUCCCCAACACAGGUGUUCUUCAACGCGGCCAGCGUGAAGCAGGUGGACGUCCCGACGCUGACCGGAGCGUUCGGCAUCCUGCCCGCCCACGUCCCCACGCUGCAGGUGCUGAGGCCCGGCGUGGUCACCGUCUUCGGCGAUGACGGUUCAGCUGCAAAGUACUUUGUGAGCAGCGGUUCCGUCACUGUGAAUGCCGACUCCUCUGUGCAACUGCUGGCGGAAGAAGCCGUACCUCUGGACAGCCUGGACCUCACUGCUGCUAAAGCUAACCUGGAGAAGGCCCAGGCCGACCUGCUCGGCACUGCAGACGAGGCAGCCAGAGCGGAAGUUCUGAUCAGCAUAGAGGCCAACGAGGCCAUGGUUAAGGCCCUGGAGUAAAGCUCGGCCUAGCGGUACGUACCCCGGCAUUUGCGAAGCCUGGACCCAGCAGUCGUCGCAGAGAGGGGCGGAGUUUCCACGGCCAAACUAGGCUAUCUUCCGGUUCAGAUACCUGUAUGUCAUUUUCUCUUUGUCAACCUGUGUAAAAUGCCAGGGAAGGUGACUGGUUGUUAAAGCAUUCAAUCCCAGAUGUGUUCAGACCAGGAAUGUUCUAGGCCACAUAUUCAGUCUUGAUGAAGCCUGGGCUUUGUUGCGCUACGUUGAAUAUGAUGGCAAAGAAGCUCCAUGUACUCACUUCUGGUCUUUGUUCUCCUUUGUCCUAGGCACAGCCUCGUGUUAGUGUAAAGCUACACUAAACCCCCUUUCCCUGCCCAAAAAAAAACUUUGUACUUUGUACAGUGGAUGAAAUUGCAAAUAAAUUUAUUUGGAAUAAUCAA